CUCAACGAGUCCUAUCUAUACCAAAGGACCACGCAACACUCCCCUUUUCUUCUGUGCAAAUCGGCCAAUCUUUCAACACACAAACCAAACACGAAAAUGGCGUCCGAACAGCCAAAAGAAGUUCCUACCGACCCCGCCCUCGCACCUCCCGCCGAGGGAGCGGCAGCUGGUGAAGCCGGCGAAGGAGCAGCAGCACAAUCCAAGAAGGGCGCCAAAAAGGCCGAAGCCAAAGCCAAGAAGGAAGCCGAAAAGGCACGGAAAGCUGCUGAGCGCGAGGCUGCUGCUGCUACUCAAUCUGCUGCCGCGCAAGAGGACCACGCGAAGGAGAACUAUGGGGAUAUCCCCAAGGAUAAAAAGAUCGAGUCGGCGUAUGUGAUGUUGCGAGAUGUGAGCGAGGAACAUAUUGGCAAGACCAUUAAGCUUAGAGGCUGGAUCCAGAAUGCUAGGAUGCAGGGGGCGAAGAUGGCGUUCUUGGAGUUGAGGGAGGAGGGAGCCUGGACGGUGCAGGGAGUUGUGGCUGCCAGUCCGGAGGGGAAACCGGUCAGCAAGCAGAUGGUCAAGUGGAUUGGGGCUCUGAAGCUGGAGAGUUUUGUGGCGUUGGAGGCGACGGUUCAGAAGCCUUUGGAGCCGGUUAAGAGUUGUAAGGUUAGUUUGUAUGAGCUGCACCUUACUAAGGUGUAUCUUGUUGCCCCGGCCCCAGAGAUGUUGAGCUUGGGACUUGCGGCUGCUGGGAGAGCUGUCUCGAAUUUGGAGGAUGAGGCGGUUGGUGAGGGUGUUGAGAAGGCUGUUGAGAGUGUGUAUCUCUGGUUCUGUGGUUUUUGAAAUACUAAUAGCUUCAGAUUUGAGCAUUGCUGGAGCACCAGGAGCCAGUCUUGCAACCCAUCUCAACAACCCAGCUAUGCACAAACGAGCUCCAAUUAGUCAAGCCAUUGCUGACAUCAGAAUCGCUGUCGAAGACUACUUUUGCGAAUACCUGAAAGCCCGUCGCUUCAAGCGUUUCCAUCCUCCAAGUUUGAUUGGCGCUGCCUCGGAAGGUGGUGCUAACGUUUUCGCGAUGAACUACUUUGACAAGCAAGCCUAUCUGGCACAAUCACCUCAAUUUUACAAACAAUUCGAAAUUGCUGGUGGUCGAAAGAGAGUUUUCUGUGUACACCCAGUUUUCAGAGCUGAGAACUCGAAUACCCCAAGACACAUGACUGAAGUAAGGACUUUGUGCUGCUUAAUUCGCAAGAAGUACUAACAGUUAAAUAGUUCAUGGGUCUCGAUAUGGAAAUGGAAAUCGAAGAGCACUACCACGAAGUACUAAAGAUGCUCGAGGGUGUCUUCAUCUACAUCUUCAGCAAAUUGGCCGUCGAAUUCAAAGAGGAAAUUGAACUUAUUCGUUCAGUCUACCCCUCUGAAGAAUUCCUCCUUCCUGAAUCAGGGAAAGAAGUCCGUCUCACCUUCGCAGAAGGACAAGCCCUGCUCCGUGCCGAAGGGCCACCAGAAUUCGCCAACGUAAGCGAUGAUGAAGACAUGACCACCGCACAAGAAAAGGCCCUCGGAGCCCUCAUCCGCAAGAAAUACAAGUCCGAUUUCUACGUUCUCGACAAAUUCCCCGUCGACGCUCGUCCCUUUUAUGCUAUGCCUGACCCGGAGAAUCCCAAAGUCACUAACGCAUACGAUUUCAUGAUGAGAGGCCAGGAGAUUUUGUCUGGUGGACAGAGAUUACAUCUACCGCAUGAACUGGAAGCUACGAUUCGGGCUAAGGGGUUGGAUCCUAAUCAACCGGGUUUGAAGGAGUAUGUGGAUGUUUUUAGAAGUGUGGGUGUGCCGCCUCAUGGAGGUGGAGGAAUCGGUCUCGAUCGAGUGAUUGCGUGGUAUCUGAAUCUUCCUAGUGUGCAGCUGGUUGCCGAUUAUCCUAGGACGCCUAAGCGUUUGGGUCCUUGAGUGGAUGUUAAGUUGCAUUUAUUGGGGAUGACUGGCAAUGGAAAGAUGAAUAUGAACAGAUGUGUGCUAUGAUGAUCACAAAAAUGGGCGCGGGGAAGAAAAUAAAGUA